AUGGCUCUACGAGAGACAUAUACGCCUAGAGGUGAGCAACGGAAACUAGUAGAAAAUCUACUUGGAAAAGGUGCUUCGUUAAAGGGGGAUAGUAUCGAUGUGUCAAUACUAGAUCCUCCAAGAAUGUGCAAAAGCUUUAUUGUGGGAAAGUGUCCCUAUGACAUGCUUGACAACACAAAGGAAAAUAUGGGAAAAUGUCCUAAAUGGCAUAUUGAGAAGCACAAACUAAUAUACGAGACUGCCAAAGAAAGUGGCAUCAAGAUGCCUAGACAAAACUAUGAGUUAGAUUACAUGAACGAUUUGCAGCAUUUUGUUGGUGACUGUGACCAACGUGUUCGAAUUGCAGAAGAAAGACUCGAUUACUCCGAAGCAGAUAAGCAACUGUUAAAUGAUCUCGCUAGAACAGUAGAAAACCUUGAGAAAACAAUCAGCAUAACUUCAGAAGAGUUAAAUGUUGUUCAGGAGGAAAAAAGAGAUAUGCAGAGGAGUAUAGAACUUAAUGAAGAGCUACAAAAAUUUAUUUUAGAGAAGGAGACCGUUUCAGAACGAUAUAGUGCCACCUUAGAGCGACUUAACACUGUUGGACAACAAAAGUUGCAAGUUUGUGAAGUAUGCGGAGCAUACAUGUCGAAGGUAGACAAUGACAGAAGACUAGCUGAUCAUUUCCUAGGUAAAAUACACAUCGCAUAUGCUGCAAUGCGAAAUACAUUGGCAGAACUUAGAGAGAAACAUAGCAUCUAG